CUUCUUCUCUCUCUUCUGCUUCACCCACAAUCUUCGCCAACUUACAAUCAGCUAAAGAAAUAACCAAUUUCAAAACCUCUCUUCUUCUUUUUAACCAAACCUCUUUCACUUCGACAUCUGUCUGCCCCGCUACCCCGCCAAAACCGCAACACCCCUCCAUAACUCUAUCAAUCUUAUUAUAACGACCAAGGCAUAGACCUUUGGUCACUACAGUCGUCAAGACGUUUUCCAAUCUCCUUAACUCGACGCAUCACCCGUUUGCAGGAGCCCGCUGCUCAGCCGCUUCUGGAGGCUCAGCGGACUCGACCUUUGAACAGUAAAGGUCUAAUCACAAAAAAGAAACCCGUCCAAUCUCAAUUAAACCGCAAACUUCCACGCUAAAGCCAAUUCAAACACUAUGGCUCCUCACGCGGAAGUCGGCACGGGCUCCUCAAACGGGUCGGUAUACAACGGCCGAGGCUCCUCCGCUACCCAGGACCUCUUUACCGUCAACUCACCCAACGUCACCUACACGGAUGCGGAGAUUCGCUCACGAUACACCUACCGCACCACAAAGGUUGAAGUUGAUGCCAGCGGCAAGUAUGUUGCUACUCCUAACGAGACUCUCUACGACUUCAAGGUCGACCGCAAGGUUCCCAAGGUCGGUAUGAUGUUGGUCGGACUUGGAGGCAACAACGGCACCACCGUUACCGCUGGUAUCCUCGCCAACCGCCGUCAGCUCGCCUGGGACACCAAGGAAGGUCCUCGCGAGUCCAACUACUACGGCUCCGUUGUCAUGGGCUCAACCCUCAAGCUCGGCCAUGACGCCAAGACUCACCAGGAGGUCAACAUUCCCUUCCACAACAUCCUUCCCAUGGUUCAUCCCAAUGACUUGGUCAUUGGCGGUUGGGACAUCAGCAAGAUGAACCUGGCUCAGGCCAUGGACCGUGCUCAGGUUCUUGAGCCUACUCUCAAGGCCCAGGUCAAGAAGGAGAUGGCGGAAAUGGUUCCCCUUCCCUCCAUCUACUACCCUGACUUCAUUGCUGCCAACCAGGAGGACCGUGCCGACAACGUCCUCGAGGGAACCAAGGCCUGCUGGGAGCAUGUCGAGAAGAUCCGCCAGGAUAUUCGUGACUUUAAAGCCAAGAACAGCCUUGACAAGGUCAUCAUCAUGUGGACUGCCAACACUGAGCGAUAUGCCGACUUGAUUGAGGGUAUCAACGACACUGCUGACAACCUUCUCAAGGCUAUCGAGCAGGGACAUGAGGAGGUUUCUCCUUCUACCGUCUUUGCCGUUGCUUGUAUCCUCGAACAGGCCCCUUUUAUCAACGGCUCUCCCCAGAACACCUUCGUCCCUGGUGCCAUUGAGCUUGCUGAGAAGCACAACGCCUUCAUUGGUGGCGAUGACUUCAAGUCUGGCCAAACCAAGAUGAAGUCCGCCCUUGUUGACUUCCUCAUCAACGCCGGUAUCAAGUUGACCUCCAUUGCCAGCUACAACCAUCUUGGCAACAACGACGGCAAGAACCUGAGCUCCCAGAAGCAGUUCCGCUCCAAGGAGAUCUCCAAGUCCAACGUCGUUGAUGACAUGGUCGAGGCCAACCACGUCCUUUACAAGAAGGGCGAGCAUCCCGACCACUGCGUUGUAAUCAAGUACAUGCCUGCCGUCGCAGACAACAAGCGUGCUCUUGAUGAGUACUACGCCGAGAUUUUCAUGGGUGGCCACCAGACCAUUUCGCUCUUCAACAUCUGUGAGGACUCUCUCCUCGCUUCUCCCCUGAUCAUCGAUUUGGUCAUCAUUGCCGAGAUGAUGUCUCGUAUCCAGUGGAAGGCCGUGUCCUCCGACGGCACUGCUACCACCGAGUACAAGAGCUUCCACAGUGUCCUGAGUGUCCUCAGCUACAUGCUCAAGGCUCCCCUGACCCCCCCUGGCACUCCUGUUGUCAACGCUCUUGCCAAGCAGCGCGCCGCCCUGACCAACAUCUUCCGUGCUUGCGUUGGUCUUGAGCCUGAGUCCGACAUGACUCUUGAACACAAGCUUUUUUAGGCGCUGAUGUCAGUUCUCAAUGUUGCUGAUAUGUACGGGUUUGCUUUGAAGGAGGAGGAUACUAUGGACAGUCUUUACCGGAUGCACAAAUUACUACGAAAACUAUAAAAUCAUGAAAAGUAGAGGAGGGACGAAAUAGCUUCACACUCAUGGCUUAUCGAAUUGAAUGUGCCGUUUCCCUCGAUAUCAGUUUAUAAUGAUGUGUGAUGGUGAUAUCUUUGCUUUGAGUUGAU